CGUUCUGUAGUCUCAUUUAACCACUUGUUAGCAACCACCUUUUUGAGGACGCAUAGAAGUAUUUAAGUUCACGAAUAGGGUAUUUAUUGAGGUAUUGUAUGUCGUAGAACAAAAUGAGUAAGUCUCUCAAGCUUGUGUUAACCACUGACCUUAUUUUAGACAUCUAACCAAAACUCCAUUUAAAAAACCCAUUGACUUUGACAAGAGGGAACCAGGCGCGCAAAAAUGCUAACUCAUUUCCGGGUUUCAGUAGUAAUUCCUGGGAAACUCUAUCUAUAUAUUUAGCGAAAGUUAAAUUCAUAAUUUGAACCAAAUAUUAAAUUUUACUGUGGUUUUAUCAUCUGUUUAAUGUACUACAUUUCCCUUGGGCAAAGCCAGAGCCAUUAACGGCUCUGGGCAAAGCAGAACUGCUUGUUGUGGAUGACCAAUGAUCAUCGAGUGACCUUCUGCACGAACCAAUCAUCUUCUGAGCUGUGGAAGCGCUGGCCAAUCGGCAUCUUGCAUCACUUUGCGUACCUUUGCGCGCCCUUGAGGCUCUUGGGGUAAUGAAGACGGAGAAAACCGAAAGAAAUUGCGAUAAGUCUCAGAAGAAAGGAACAUACUCAUCGGUUUAAUAUAUUAUCAGGUGGUAAGAUGAUUCACUUUGGGUGAUACGGCUGCAAAAGUGUUACAGAAACUAGCUUACCUGUCUACAAAACCAGUUUACGGACUGUGGUGCCUUUGUGACGGAAAAUGCCAAGUGGAGACUCUCUUAUGGACAGUCUUGAGGAGUUGGAUGACUUCUCAGAUUUUGGCAGUGACUAUGAGCCCUUGAUGAAAGCCACAAAGCGGAGAAAACAGACAGGGACUAGACCACAGCCACCCAAGAGACCCAGGCGUAAAGCUGCAUUGAGGUUGUCCAGCCCCGGGAGCAGCCCCAUCCCCACUCCUCCAAACCCCUCCCCUCAGCAGCAGCAGCAGUCCCAGGGGACAUCCAGGCAGGUCUCUCCUAGACCUGUGAUGGGAAUGAACGAGGGGAACCAGGGCAUCAGUGCAGAGGAAAUCUAUGAUGCUGUCCGCUCUGGAAAGAGUGCCAUGGUGACGGUGGUGGACGAGUGGCUGGACAGCUACAAGCGAAGCCGAGAGGCGGGGCUGCUGGUGCUCAUCAACUUCAUUGUUCAGUCCUGCGGAUGCAAAGGUGUGGUCAGCAGAGAGAUGUUGAACAGCAUGCAGAAUGCCGAGAUCAUCAGUACACUAACCAAAGAGUUCAAUGAGGAUUCAGUGAACUACCCUCUGUGCAGUCUGGGCCCCCAGCUGAGGCGUUUCAAAGCUGGCCUGUUUGAGUUUGCUCGGGUUCUGGUGAGCUCCUGUCGGAAUAGCCUUAUUUAUGACGAGUACCUCUUCCCCUCCCUGCUGGCUCUGCUCACCGGCCUGUCUGACUCCCAGGUCAGAGCCUUCAGACACACCAGCACCCUGUUGGCCAUGAAGUUGAUGACUGAGCUGGUGGAAGUCGCUGUGAUCGUGUCUGUUCAGCUGCAGACCACCCAGCGGCAAUAUGACAUGGAGAAAGGCAAGAGGGCGCAUGACAGAGCCUCUGACAGACUGGAGGAGCUGCAGGCCACCAUCAGUGAGCUGCAGGAGAACAAGGAGGAAGUGUCCUCCAUGAUGAAUGCCACGUUCCGUGGUGUGUUUGUGCACCGUUAUCGGGACCAGCUGCCUGAGAUUCGGGCGGCGUGCAUUGAGGAGUUGGGCAAGUGGCUGAAAGCAGACCCUGAAGACUUCCUGAAUGAUGGAUGUCUUAAAUACCUGGGGUGGACCCUGCAUGACAAGCAAAGUCCAGUGCGUCUUCAGUGUGUGCGUGCCCUGCAGGGUCUGUAUCAGGAGAAAGAAUUCAUUGGCCGCCUGGAGCUUUUCACCAGCAGAUUUAAAGAAAGGAUGCUCAGCAUGGUGCUGGACAAAGACCCAGAGGUGGCAGUGGAAGUGGUCAAUCUGUUGCUGCUGAUCCAACAGAGGACAGAGGAGGGACUGAGAGAGGAGGAGUGCGGCCACAUCUAUCCCCUGGUUUAUGCUUCAAACAGAGGCCUGGCGUCUGCAGCUGGUGUCUUCCUCUAUAACAAGCUGAAAAGUGUGAUUGUCAGUGACCAGGAAAAUGAUAAAAGUGAAAAUGCAGCCUUCUUUCAAAUCCUCAUCUCCUUCUACAUCCAGAGUGAGUUCCAUGAGCAUGGGGCGUACUUGGUGGACAGUCUGUGGGGUGUGGCAGGAUCUGUGCUGAGAGACUGGGACACCAUGACGGCAUUGUUGCUACAGGAGGCUGGUCUGAUGUACGAGGAGGAGGGGGUUCUCAUCGAGCUGAUGAUGUGUGCCAUCAGACAGGCAGCAGAGGCGACCCCACCUGUUGGGAGAACUCAGGGCAAGAAGAUCCUGAGCAUGAAGGAUAAGAAGGUCCAGGAACAAGAGAAGAGACGUAUCACCUCACACUUCAUCCCAUUACUGCCACAGCUACUGGCCAAGGUACACAGCCAAGGUUCACCUAACACCAUUUCAGUUUUAUACGUUUAUACAAAGGUACUCAGCAGUGCUCCGCGACUGGAGAAGCAUCUGGACCUGCUAUUGUCUCAGGUGUGUGGUAUUGUGGAGAAGCACACAGAGACCACCGUGCUGGAGGCUUGCGCCCGCCUGGUCUGCACCCUUUGCUCAGACAGCUACACCUUCUCCUCCCGUGCACACCUGGCAUUCAGCCAGCUGCUGGACCGCCUGACUGAGUGCUUCGGCACCUACUUAAGUGACCUGCUGCAGGGUACUGCAGAUGAAGAUGACGUGUACAAUGCAGCCACUGCUUUGAAAAGGAUUGCAGCCCUGAGCAGUGCCAAAGACCCGACAAGCUGGAAGCUGUUUGACUCCUGUGUUGAGCUUCUGAAGAGCAGGAUGGAGUCCAGAGAGCUUGACAAGGAGCUCAUGGUGUCGGCUCUGAAGUGUGCUGCUUUCUACCUGAUGUGGGCUAAAGUGAAUGCAGUCAACUCCACACCAGCUGAGGGGGAGUUGAACAGUCUGAAGAGGGAGGUGCGUUCGUUCUGCAGGGUCUGUCAGACGUGUUUGUCUGUGAACCAGGCUGAGAUCAGAGAUCAGGCAUUUGAGCUGUUGUGCGACUUGCUGCUCUUGUACAGUGCGAGUUCAGUCCGCUCUGAACCCGCCCUCCAAACACUGGUCAACCUGCCGUCUGAUUCCCUGCGCUCGGAGAUGGCUGCUUUCCUCCUGGACUACGUCUUCACUGACCCUGAAGAUACUGAACUCACUGUUGAGGGUGAGGAGGAGAUGAAGAUAACUCUUCUCCAGAGGAAGCGCAACCAGCUGGCUGGUUACUGUAAGCUGGUCAUCUACGGGGUGCUGGACCUCACCGCCGCCACUGACGUCUUCAAGCACUACAGCAAGUACUUCAAAGACUUCGGCGACAUCAUUAAAGAGACCGUAAGCAAGAGCAAGCUCAUCAGUCCUGUGCUGAGCGCCAAGACUGUCUGCCUGAGUCUGCAGCAGCUGUUCUCUGAGAUGCUUACGGAGGACCGCAGCAGGCAGGAUCUGGGUGAGAUCAGAGACUUGGCCAAGAGGCUUGCCAUGAGCUUUGGCAUUGAUCUUCACCGCGUCCGCAAACCUCUGGUGGCCCUGCACAUGAACGGUGUACGUUUUGCAUUUCGGGACCCACGGGAGGGAGAGGAGCAGCACACCAAUAUGGCCUUCCUGGAGAUUCUCAGCGAGUUCAGUUUCAAGCUGCUGCAAAAGGACCGCGCCCAGCUGGCUGCGUUUCUGAAAUCAGAGUGUCCCAGUGCUGCCCUCUCCUGUCCGUCAGUCAGAAUGUAUCUGCGCUCCUUGGAGGUGCGCUCCUCUUCUAAAGCCAGAGAACAGGAGGAGGGAGGUGAUGCUGCUUCCUCACAUGAUACCCCUGUGGCUAAACGCAAGAGGACCACUGCUCAGGGCUCAGCGGCCAGCACAGUCAGAGGAUCCUGGUUGGACAGCAGCAGCAUCCACAGCAGCCUGCACACACCAGCCCUCACCUCCACCGUCCAGAGACAGCCAGCCAAGCAGCCGGCCUCCAGGAAACCCACAGCCGCAGAGUCUGAUAUCGGCAGUGGCUUAACCGAGCCGGAAUCAGAGGAUGAGUUCUCCUCGGGGUCUCACAUGCGAAAGGUGAAGCCCGUCAGACGACACCAGCUCUCCUCCAGCAUGUCUGGCCCCACUGUGGAUCAGCACAACCUGAACUCCCACCUCACCUUACUGUCUCUGAUCGAGGAUGAAGAUGCAGAGAGAGAAGAGCCUCAGAUUGAGGAUUACGAAAGUGACUCUGAGCAAGAAUCUGCAUACACACUGCCUUCCACACGUCACACCCCUGCCAGCAUCCUUGAUGAGCUCUUUGACUGAGGGCACGCAGACGUGAAAUGCCUGGGGAAAAAUGCUUCUUUUUCGUCAGUCUCUUCAACAGUGCUGCGGUUUUAGUGGUUUUGGUACAUUUGAUUUACACUUCUACAUGACCCUUUACUGAGUUCACCUAUUAGAUCGAUUUCAGUCAUUAAUUUUGUUGGAGGGGAGGACAAAGGAAAAAUGAUUAUGCAGUCUGGGGACAAAGUUGUUGGUAUUCACUGUGAGAAUGUUCAUGUUUUAAACACAGUAUGUUGACAAGAAAUGUUUAAGUUCAGUCAGAUCCCUGCGGACUGGCAGCGAGCUAGAAGUCUCUCCUCCUGUGUUCCACUUGUUGAAGUUUCAUAAUGUCAGUCACUGUUUUUGACAGCACUGUUUUUUGUGUAAAACUCCAUAAAUAAUUCUUGUUAAU